UCUACUGAUAAUGAUGAAAUAAGUCUCUAUCUUGAUGCUCGCUACGUUUCAGCAUCAGAAGCUUCAUGGCGAUUAUUCCAUUACCUUCACCUCCCAGGACAACAUAGAGUAACAUUUCGAGAUAAUGAAGUCAUACAAAAUGUGAUUGAACGCGCUAAUUCAGAAAAAACUACACUCACAGCUUGGUUUCAUGCUAAUAAUUCUUAUCCCGAAGCCAGAACACUAACAUAUGGAAAUUUUCCGACUCACUGGGUUUUUGAAAAAAAAACCAAUAAAUGGAAACCAAGGCAACGUGGCAAUGUUAUUGGCCGUAUGUACUUUGUUCACCCUUCAGCUGAUGAACAUUACUAUACUUUCAAAGAAGCUUGCUCUGCGUUAUCUUUACUACAGAAUGAUGACAAAUGGGAUUUCUGUUUAUUAGAAGCAGCUCAGAUACAGUCCGGCGCCCAAUUACGUACUUUGUUUGCUACUAUUCUACUAUUCUGCAACCCUGUAUAUCCGGAGAACCUUUGGGAGAAACAUUUUUCAGCUCUUACUGAUGAUCUUCCCUUAUUACAUUUACAAUCUAUCUUAAAUAAGCAUGGAAGAUGUCUUACUGAUUUUCCUAAAAUGCCAUUACCAACUAUCCUUCCCAACUCAGAACACCAUAAUAAUCUAAUUACUGAAGAACUAAAUUAUAAUAUUGCCGACCUUACGCAGAUCGUCGAAAAUGGACUUGCCGAUUUUGCUGAUUGGCUUCUUAAACUUGGUGAAGGACGCAUUCCUACUAUUACACCAGAAGAACCUACUAUACGACUUCCUAAUGAUAUUGUAUUAUCCACUCCUGACUUGAAUAACUUGGAUUCAGAGUCCUGGGUGCUAACCAUUACACCACGCAACCUUAUUGACAUUUAUAUAGCUUUUAAUUUAUUGAAAAUCCAACCAACAUAG